ACAAGUGGGAAAGUACCAAGGUGAAUAAAAAGGCCAUGCCCCUCUUUAUUCUCUCACAUCCAACAUUUUCCUUAAUUAAACCUAGCUAACUAUAGCAAGGUGUGUUUAAUUAAUUUACUUUACACUAUCAAAAAGAUAAUGGAUAAUCUGGUUUGGAUUCCUACAAAUAGCAAAAAGGCAAUGGAAGAAGAGCUAUUAAGAGGACGUGACAUGGCAAAUCAAGUACUUGAAGUACUAACUUUUGAUGAUAAGUCAAAUAUUAUUAGAGAAAUAAAAGGGUCAAAUUUGAAGUCAUCAUCAUCAUCAAAAGUGUUGCCCUUAAGUGUUGCUGAAGAUCUUGUUCGUGAGGUACUCAAAUCAUUCACAAAUACAAUUUUGCUCUUGAACAACAAUCAAGAAUCUAAUGAUGUGGCUGUUCCUAUAACUGUUGGAGAUUAUUCUUUGUCAACAAAUUGCCACAUGGUGGAGGAAGAGGAGGAGGAUUUGGGUAGAUCUUGCAAGAAACUCAAGACUCUCAACACCAAAAAUAUUCCAAAAGGGUCAAAUAAGAGAAAGUCAAUUUCACCAACUUGGGAAAAGACCACCUCAAUAUUGAUUGAUGAUGGUCACGCAUGGAGAAAGUAUGGACAAAAGAAGAUAACAAAUGCUAAAUACUUCAGGAGCUAUUAUAGGUGCACACAUAUGGAUGAUCAAUAUUGUGAAGCAAUUAAACAUGUUCAAAGAACUCAAGAGAACCCUCCAUUGUAUCGAACUACAUAUUACGGCCAUCACACUUGCACAAGCUCUUUCCAUUCCAACAUAAAUUUGGAAUCCAAUUUGUCCUCCGAUGACUCUUCUAUAUUACUUAGUUUUGAUAAGAAUAUUCUAAAUAAACAAGAAUACUCAUUUCCACAACCACCAUCGCCACCAUCACCACGUCUUACAUCUACAAAAGAAGAAUUCAAGGAAGAGAUUCACGAUGAUUAUUUUGCUCAAAAUCAAUUAUUCUCACCACAGAACAUCUUAUCGUGUGAUUUUGAAGUUUAUUUCGAUUAUUUGAGACAUGUCACUAUGAUAACAUCGUCUGAAUCAUUUGAGUUUGAGAAUGUUUAUGAUCAGUUUGGAUUUUAAUGACUACGAAUAUGUUUCAAUGUAUAAAUUUAUUUUUGAUUUGGCAUUAGAGGAUAACUUUAAUGUGAAAUAAAUAAAUCUAAUAUGCAUUUUUUAUAUAUACAUUUUCAUGUAAAUUAAGUAAAUCUAAUAUGCAUUUGUUUACCAUCAUAAAAUUUACUUACAAUAUAUUUUUAGUAAAUUAA